GCCUAGCUUUGGGCUCGGGUAAUCCGAACCGGCUCUCAGCUGGCGUUGCCGAGCUCGCAUGGAGGGAGCCCAGCCGGUGAGUACGGAAGGGGGUGGAUGCGGCUCCUCCGGGGAAGGCUAAAGAAGGGCAGCCGGGAAUAGCGGGGAGCGGAGCGUGAGCUCUCUCCUUCCUUGCGCCGGCGAGGCUGUUGGUCGGGAGAGAAACAAAACACACGACAAGCGCCUCAGAAAAGAGCCGCGCGGCAUUCGGCCGAGAAGCAGCGGCCACAGAAGCCCCCGGCGAACCUCCCCUUGUGCUGCUGUCUUCGCCCCGGCAGCGAGAGGUAGACUGUGCCUGGCCAGGGGAGGCUCAACAGUGAAUUUGCCUGACAAGAUACAUUUCUGGCCUUUUCGUAGAGUUGGAAGGGACCCAAAGUCACCCCCAAAACCCUUUGGGGUAGGUUAGGCUGUGAGAGAGGAUGCCGGCCCAAGGCCACCCAGUAGCCGAAUGGUGGGAUUUGAAUCCUGGUCUCCCAAGUCUUGCCCAAAAUUGUUAACCACUACAUCAUACUGACUAGAUUAAAAAAAAUCCCUGCUGGAUUAAUGAAAACUGGAACAAGAUCGCGCUACGCUGCCAAGUUUCUGUUUCAUGUAAGUUUCUUGUAAAAGUUUACCUCUGAACUGCUGCACACUCACACCCUGCCCUGCCCUUGUGUUUCUUUUGUGUGUGAUUCUUUAAAACAAACAAAAAAGCCAACAAAUUUAUUUAAACAAUUACACACACAAAAAGUGAUUCCUGGAUCGGAAUAUCAAAAGUAAGUUUUGCAUCAUACGUGCGUAUCCAGGAAAAGGGUCCAUCAAGACAACCUGAUUUCCAUCAUCGGUGCAUGUAGACAAUUUUGUGCAUCUGUUUCAAAAGUGUAAGAAAUAAAGUCCCACCAUAUAACGUGAAGCCACUCCAGGUCUUCUGACCCACUGGAGAUCAGGAAAGUUUCUCCGAAAAACCCUAGAGUCCACGUAUUUUUAUAUUUGUGUUAAAUGUCAGUGCUUCAAUGUUUUCCACCAUUGUGGCAACUGAGAUUCUGGGUGCAGUGAGCAUCCACGUUAUCAGAUCUUUUCAGGUGUGUAUUACACACUUAGCCACCCCAGAGAUUUAAUAUAUAUUAGAGAUUUAAACGGCAGCUCAGAAUUUAGAAACCAAGGAGCAUUCCCACCAAAGAUAGAAAAAUGGGCCAACAAUCUGGCAAGAACCCAGGUGUCCUUCUAGGAAGUUGUACUGUGUCUUGAAUAUUUUGGAGACCAGUGUUGUAACUGACCAACUGCUGCAGAUAAUGCGGCUGUUGAAGAUGCAGCUACAUGGACUGGUUGAAAAAUUGACAAUUGCAGCUGAUAGAUGUUGAUUUACAAGAUGAGGUGAGGGGCAGUAACUUUGAUGGCUUCAAAAGGGAAUUAAAUACAUUAAUUGAAGGGAGGAGGAAACAUAGGAUUCUUCCUUACAUACCAAGCCAAGCCCUUGCUCCGCUUUACUCAGUAAUGUCUACAGUAGGGAUUAGGAAACUAUGGCCUUCCAGAUGUUGCUAGACUUCCUUGAGCCAGCAUAGUCAGUGGCCAGGAAUGUUAGGAGUUGGAGUGCAAUAACAUCUGAAGAGCCAUAGGUCCCCCAUCCCUAGUCUAUGUUGACCAGAAGCCCCUCUUCCAGGGUUUCUGACAGGGAGCAUUCCCCAGCCCUACCUGGAGAUACCAGGUACUGAACAUGGGACCUUUUGCAUGCAGAGCAUGUGCUUGCUUGCUUGCUUGCUUAUUUUGUAUACUACCCUUCAUACAAAGAUCACAGGGCAGUUCACAACAUAAAAAUACAAAAUGAGAACACAAAAUACAUACUAAAACUAGAACCAAAACAAACCAAUAACCCCACACCCACAAACACAUUUUAAAGGCCAUGGGAUGUUCAAUCAGCCAAAGGCCUGGUUAUAGAGAAAUGUUUUCACCUGACACCUAAAGAUAUGUAAUGAAGGCGCCAGGGGAGCCUCCCUGGGAAGCGCAUUCUGCAAACGGAACCACCGCAUAAAAGGCCCAUUCUUGUGUUGCCACCCUCUGAGCCUCUUGUGGAAAGGGCACAUGAAGAAGGGCCUCCAAUGAUUAACACAGGGUUUGGGUCGGUUCAUAUGUGGGGAGGUGGUCCUUGAGGUAUUGCAGUCCUGAACCAUUUAAGGCUUUAUAGGUCAAAACCAGCACUUUGAAUUGGGCCCAAAGAUUUGUCCUUCUGUGGCGCUCAGUCGUAGCCAAGCAAGAUUGUCUUCCAUAAACACGGUUUUAACAAUGAGUCCGUAAGAAACUGUGGAGGCCAAUUCUGGAUCCACAUGUCCUUCCAUAGUGGUUUCUGGGCGGGAGUUGAUCAUGGUGUGGAUUUGCCAAGCGUGCCUUCCUCUUAGCACGUUUCUCCCUUGCGUUCUGAGUUCGAGUGACUUCAAAGCCCAUGACACUUUUGGUAAAGGCUGUUCUCCAAUUGGAGCAUUCACAGGCAAGUGUUUCCCAAUUGUUGGUGUUUAUACUACAUUUUUUUUAGAUUUACCUUGAGACAGUCUUUAAACCUCUUUUGUUGACCACCAGCAUUAUGAUUUCCAUUUUUAAGUUCGGAAUAGAGUAGUUGCUUUGGAAGACGAUAAUCAGGCAUCUGCACAACAUGACCAGUCCAACGAAGUUGAUGUUGAAGAAUAAUUGCUUCAACACUGGUGAUCUUUGCUUCAUCCAGUACACUGGCAUUAGUCUGCCUGUCUUCCCAAAUGAUGUGUAAAAAUUUUCGGAGACACCUUUGAUGGAAUCUUUCAAGGAGUUGGAGAUGGUGUUUAUAAGUGGUCCAUGUUUCACAAGCAUGCAGUAAGGUUGGUAGUACAAUAGCUUUGUAAACAAACAUUUUGGUUUCCCUGUGAAUGUCCUGGUCCUCAAACACUCUGCACUUCAAUCGGGAAAAAGCUGCACUCACAGAGCUCAGGCGAUGCUGGAUUUCGGCAUCAAUGUCAGCCCUUGUAGAAAGAUAAUUAGGUAGGAGAAGUGAUCGACAUUUUCCAACGUUACACCAUUGAGUUGGAUUUGUGGCUCUGCAGAGGGGUUAUUUUGCACUUGCUGGUGCAACACUUUGGUUUUUGGGAUGUUGAGUGAUUGGCCAAGCUUUUCAUAAACUUCUGCUAAGAUAUUUAGGAUGGUUUGGAGGGCAUCCUCUGAGCGUGCACACACUACGUUGUCAUCGGCAUACUGAAACUCUAUGAUGGAAGUUACGGUAACCUUACUCUUUGCUUUCAGCCUGCUCAGAUUGAAGAGCUUUCCAUCUGUUCAAUAUAUGAUUUCUACUCCGGUGGGGAGUUUCCCUUCGACAAAGUGUAAGAUCAUAGCAAUGAAAAUAAUGAAUAGAGUUGGGGCAAUAACACAAGCCUGUUUAACACCUGAUCCCACUGUGAAUGGUUCACUUUGUGAGCCAUUGUUAUCUGCAAUUGUUACUGUUGUAUUAUCAUGGAGGAGCUGAGUGAUGUUCACAAAUUUAUCUGGGCAGCCAAUUUUCAGAAGGACAGUCCACAGGGCAUUACGAUUUACAGUGUCAAAAGAUACAGCCUGCUCCACAGAAGAGAGAUCUAUCCAUAGCUGUUAGCCACGAGGGCUAGCAGAAUGUUCCCAAAUACAGUUGCUGAAGCAGUGUAGCUGAGAAGACUGAAUAUAAUAAAUAAAUAAAAAUACAGAUUAAUUGUUUAGGGAAGACCCCUUUUCUGAUUCCUUUCUACAUUCCUUUAUACAGGAGCAAGCACAUAUAGAAGACAUAACUCAGCAGCUUAAGGAAGAAGGGGUUGACACUACAGCGCCUGCAAAGGACCAGCUCUGUUAUGUCUGGAGUUUGUUCCUACGCAGUCAAGAGGAGUUGCAUUCUGCUGCCGGAGAGUUAGAGAAACUCAGGCAACAGCAAGUGGAAGAGAUGAGAGAGGUAGGUGGGAAGAUUGCCAGCCACCGGCUGCUGACACUGGAGUAGGCCAACCACUUCUAAAGGGUUUUUCAAAGGUAGAUGCUUUCAGGUUUACAGCCCUUGGGAUUGUUCCAAGCUAGGUGUGGACAAUUUGCUCAAGAUAGAAGUCCAUGCUGAAGAACUUCCCACAGCAAAUACGUAUUGGGUACAUGGAAUGAACAUACAGUGGUGCCUCGCAAGACGAAAUUAAUUCGUUCCGCAAGUUUUUUCUUCUUGCGAGUUUUUCGUCUUGCGAUGCACGGUUUCCCAUAGGAAUGCAUUGAAAAUCAAUUAAUGCGUUCCUAGGGAAACCGACUUCAGACCAGGUCCGGGGACAGUCUGUCCCCCGACCUCUUCUGAAGGCUGGGUGGGACAAGGGCUUUCUUCCCACCCACCCCAGCAUUUUAAAACCCGGGACAGCGGAGGGCUUCUCCGCUGUCCGGGGCGAUCUUAAAAUGCUGGCGGGCGGCAUUUAAAAUUGCCCGGGACAGCGGAGGACUUCUCCGCUGUCCGGGGCAAUUUAAAGCCUCUGGGAAGGCAGGCAGGGGGACAAAGACUUUGCCCCCGCCAGCCUUCAGAAGAGGUCCUGGACCUCUUCUGAAGGCUGGCGGGGGCGAAAGUCUUGUCCCCCCACCUGCCUUCAAAAGCUGUCCAGCCAAGGCUUCGCGGACCUCUCCGCGAGCAGCGGCAGCGCUGCCGCUGCUUGCGGAGAGUUGCCGGCAUGCCGAAGCCUGCGCGCGCUGAGAUCAGCGCGCCCAGGCUUCACGGACCUCUCCGCGAGCAGCGGCAGCGCUACCGCUGCUUGCGGAGAGUUGCCGGCAUGCCGAAGCCUGCGCGCGCUGAGAUCAGCGCGCCCAGGCUUCGCGGACCUCUCCGCGAGCAGCGGCAGCGCUGCCGCUGCUUGCGGAGAGUUGCCGGCAUGCCGAGCCUGCGCGCGCGGCGAGCAGCGCGCCCCGGCUCCGCGGACCGCCCCGCGCGCCGCGGCAGCGCUGCCGCUGCUGGCGGAGAGUUGCCGGCAUGCCGCAGCCGGCGCGCGCUGAGAUCAGCGCGCCCAGGCUUCGCGGACCUCUCCGCGAGCAGCGGCAGCGCUGCCGCUGCUUGCGGAGAGUUGCCGGCAUGCCGGAGCCUGCGCGCGCUGAGAUCAGCGCGCCCAGGCUUCGCGGACCUCUCCGCGAGCAGCGGCAGCGCUGCCGCUGCUUGCGGAGAGUUGCCGGCAUGCCGAGGCCUGCGCGCGCUGAGAUCAGCGCGCCCAGGCUUCGCGGACCUCUCCUGCCUUCAAAAGCCGUCCGGGAUAGCGGGAAGCGCUUCCCUGCUAUCCCGGACUGCUUUUAAAAUGCUGGCGGUGGGGAGCAAAGCCUUUCGGCCCCCGCCAGCCUUCCUGGACCUCUUCUGAAGGCCGGAGGGGGGGGGGAAGGCUUUGCUCCCCACCGCUAGCAUUUAAAAGAGGUCCCCGGAGAUUUCCCUAUGGGCUUUCGUCUUGCGAGCAAGCCCAUAGGGAAUUGCUUAUGGAGCGCCUCAAAACGGAAAACCCUUUCGUCUAGCGGGUUUUCCGUCUUGCGAGGCGUUCGUCUUGCGGGGCACCACUGUACGUUGUGUGCCAUUUUUAUGCAUAUGGUGGAUGUUACACCACAGUUGUUGGGCAUGUUGUGCUUAUUUUACAAUGUUUUUUAUUCUGAAAAUGGCUGCUCUCAAGGUGCCCAGACUACAACAAGAGGGGCAGGAGGGGUCUGUCCUCUGGGCCAUAAUGUUAAAUAAUGUGCAGUAUAGUACCUGGGCUUGUUUAUUCAUUACAUUCCAUCUUUGGCACAAAACAGGAACUGAGCUUUUAGCUCAGCUUCCCUCAACCGGGACUGAGAGGAGUUGUGGUUCAGAACCCACAGAGGGUGCCCUGUUAGCGAAGGCUGAUAUAGCUGCUGUGUGAACAUGUUAUAGAAAUCUGUGGUUUCUUUCUGUCCCAGCACAAAUCUUCUAACAAAGCUGGAGCAUGUUUGAACUGUACAUUUUAAUCUUCCAGGCUUUACCAUGACAGCUACUAGGAAUUGAUGUGGUUUCUCCAGAGAGGGCUAGCUUUGUGUGAAUGAGUCCCAGUUCAGCCCAUUGCUUAUCCCUCUCAUAUUUUAGGGCCUCCCAAAGAUGUCCAUAAACACAGCUCUAUCUUUUUGUCCCUUUAACAAAAAAUCCUACUUACCUUGGCAUGGGGCAGGGGAGAAAAAUUUUCCAUGAUUUCUGUUGGUUUCCUGGUUUUUGUUUUGGAAUUUGCAUCCGGUUGUCAUAGGUGUUUGGUAUGUUGUCAAUAGGAGAGGAAAAGUACUCAUAGUGCAUAGCUCACAGGGAACCUUCCUGUGCAAGGUCUCUUGAAAGGAACAGGAUUUGCACAGGAGGGCAUCCUUUGUUCUUGGGCAAGUCCCGUUUGAUUCAGCCUGGCUGGUGAUGGGAAUUGUUCUAGGUGGGUUUUUUCCCUGUGGCCUUCAAAGAGAAGAGCAAAAAUAAUAGGAACAGCAGGUGGAAGGGUCUUUCUUAUGUCUGACGCAAAGGAUUGAUUGCGUUUCUCAACUGUCGUCAGCUUGACAAGGUGAAAUUUAGAUCUUUGCCAUGUGGCUUGAAUGUCCACACAGAAAAAUCUGCCCACAUCACAUUUGUAAAGAACCCCCUGCCCACGGUGAGCAACAGAAGGCUAUGUAAGCACAUCUCCUGCUUUGAACAGAGGAUGUCUGGAAAAUAUGUUUGGAUAUAUUUAAUAUGCCAUUUGACUUUUUUGUGCUAAUUGAACGGAAAAGGAGCAAAAUAGAUGUCUCAGGUUGGUGGUUUUCCCAGACUUGAAGGACGCCAGAAUCAUCCGGCUGGAUAAGAGCCAAAAGUCCAUCUCAAAAAAGUGUCCUGGUUCCCCACAGUGGCCAGCCAGAUGUCUCCUGUGUCACCAGUUGCUGGAAACCACAGGAGGGGAGAGUGCUCUUGUGCUCGAAUCCUGCUUGCUGGUUUCCCACAGGCAUCUGGUUGGCCACUAUGAGAACAAGAUGCUGGACUAGAUGGGCCAUUGGUCUGAUCCAGUAGGCUCUUCCUAUGCUGUUAUGUUGCCCGCUCCAGGAGAUAGGGCAAUUUCCCACAUCCCCUUAAAGGGCCUGGAGUGUGGGGUGGCUUGCAGGGAUGACACCAAAGCUGUUUGCUUUGGAACUGUCCCCUCAGCAUAGAAAACUGGUUGUGUGGACUAAUGGACUUCCAACAUGGCAAAAGCCCCUUGCAUGAAUGGAGAAGCAUGUUCGAAUCCUCAAAUCAGCAAAGUGUUUCAAAGAGACAGUACAGACAGCAACCAUUUUGUGUGGCUUUUCUGUUCCUGGCCCCGCGCACCAUUCACAUUUCUGGAAAUGUAAGAAUUAAAAAAAAGAAAAGAUGGGACCCUUGCGCUUAAGGAACUGAUAGUCUAAAAUGACAGUUGGAAAUAUAUAAUUUAAAAGUGAUCCAGGUGGUUUCAGUUCCUACUUGCACUGUUCAACCUGUCCUGGAUUGAAUACGACCCUUUGAACAUGUGCACAUUUCAUUGGAUGUGUCCUGCUUCAGGGAUGCCAUGAGUCCACUUAAGAGAUGGUCAUAUCACAGUCUGAGGCCAAGUGCUUGUGGAAGUGUCAACAAGCACAACCAGACCUGGACUUCUUUGGAAAUGAUAAAGUGGGGAAGAGCCUGUCAAUUCUUAUCAAUGCCAGAUAGGGUUGGAAAUGCCUCUGCCUGAAGCCUUCCUGAAAAGCUGCUGCCAUUCAGUGCAGACAAUACUGAGCAAGCAGUAUGACAGCUUUUUUUGUUCUAGUGAAAUAUAUUGGUGUGGGCAGGGGGCUUCAGGCUUCCCUUGUCUUGACCUUAAACUCUUGUUGAUUCAAACUUUAGAUCAGUUGCUUUCAACUGUGAUUUGUUGGUUUUUUUCCAUUUGGUUAUAAGGGGAAGAUCAGUCAUGAUGGAUCUAUGUGCCCAAAAGAUGGUGUUUUCUUUCUCCCCUGUGAGAGGUAAUCUGCCUCUGAAUAGCAGUUGCUGGGAUUCAUAGGUGGGAAGAGUGCUGCCACCUUUGAAAAGUGGCACUCCAGACCUGCUUGUAGGCUUCCCUUUAGGACAUCCAGUUGGCCACUCUGACAGUGGAGCACUGGAUUAAAAGGGCAUAAUCUAAGAAAGCUACCUGAAUCCCCUGUGAUGUGCAGGAGUUCUCUGUGGCAGAUGUACCAACGGUCCCAUGCCCACCAGUUAACAUGGAAAUGUUUCUCUAGCACUAGACAGUUUGAAGGCUUCUUCUUUAGCUAUGAACGGCAUAAAUCCAUUCUGAUCUACGGGACUCUGAAGAUUUCUCAAACAUGUGAAAAUCCACAUGAAGGUUAACCUCAGUAUUGAGCAGAAGGUAGGACAGAGCUUUCCAAACUGUAUGUCGUGACACAUUAGUGUGUCGGCUGCAGCGUAUACCUGUGUCACGCAAAUGCUCCCUACACUAUUCCCGGGGCUGGAAAGGAGUUAGUUUUACCUCCAGUUUGCUAGUAAAACUGAAUUGCUGUGUUGCUAAAUGAUGCUUGUGUAAAAAGUAUGUCACUAACAUGAAAAGUUUGGAAAGCUCUGGUGUAGGAAGUCCCAUAGUGUUUUCAGGCAGGACACUCGUAGGGAUGGACUGAGCAACCUAAUUCUGUUCUUUCUCUGACUCGCUGGGUGCUAAGGCAUAGGCCUGUGCCAUUCUGUCUUGUACAGCUUCAUUGAAAAAAUGUGCCCCAAACUCAUCUCUGUGUUACACAUUUUGUGUGGCUUAUUUUACCUAAAAUAUAUAUUUUUGUGUGCCCUUCCUUUUGUACACUAAAACCGCAUAGUCAGAUCUGGAGAGCUGCACGAUCUGACAGGAAGUUGCAUUGUGAUCCUGAAGCAAGUUCAGGAAUGUUGAAGUGAGUUGGUCCACUGAAAAAAACUCAUUUGCAAGAGUUAAGCAUAGCAAUGACUCCAUCUGCUGACAGUUAAAGAAAUAACCUAAUUUCAGCACAGUGCAGAUUAGUAUGUGUAUAUGGUCUUUCAAACAACCUGAUCCCAAAUAAAUCAGGUCUUUAAAAUUUAAUACCAUCACUUUAAACUGAGCCCAGAAACAAAAACUGGGUUUUGCCAUAGAAGACAGGAAUGAAUGAAUGCAUGAGUGAAAGAGUUUCAGUUAUUAGCUGUUGGGAAAGACCUAUGCCUGAGACCUUGGAGCGCUGGUGCCAGUCACAGUAGAUGUUACUGCUGAUGGGAGCAUCUGGCAGAAAACAUGCAGCACAAUUGUUAAAACAGCUGCCCAGGCUCCCCAUUUACUAAUGACACAGGUUCAAGGGAUUUGUGUUAAUUUACAGCUACCACCUAAACCCAACUCAGUUGGUGAGAUAAUCUACAGCAGCAUCUCUGCAUAGCUGUCAACUUUUCCCUUUUCUUGUGAGGAAUCCUAUUCGGAAUAAGGGAAUUUCCCUUAAAAAAUAGGAAACGUUGACAGCUAUGCAUCUCUGGUAUUUCCUUGAGUUGAUGAGGCUCAUUUGACAACAAUAAGAAACUGAACCUUUAGUGUCAUUGGUCAAGUUCUGUAGAACUCUUCCACUAGUGAUUCAGGCACCUUCUAUGCCAGUAUUGAAAUGCCUGCUGAAAACCUUUCCUCAGGGCCUAUGCAGGCAAUUGAGAGUUCAUCCUUCUGCAGUGGUUUAUUGAUGCUUGUUUUUAACUUUCUUGCUUUCAAAUUGUUUCCCCCUUUUUUAUACUUUUAUUGUGCGGUUUUUAUCUUUUUCAUGUUGUAAAGUGCAUAGAUAUAUUUUUAUGAUUUAGCGGCAUGUACUUUUAAGUAAAUAAAUAAAUGGGCAAAUAAUGCAGCCUGACCUGUCCUUGCUGAUUGGGAAUCAUAGACUUGCUUUGUCCUUCUCUUUUCAGGUGGAAAAUUACGUGGCCCACAUCCGUAUGUUGACGGAAGCGCGGGAUUCUUUGGCAACUGCAUUUGAGAGAGAAAAUGCGCAGCUUAGGGUGGAAGUUACACAGCUACAACUUGAGCAAGGUACUCUCUCUCUCCCUCACUUUGCUGAAUGUGUCAGGUCCAGGACCGUGAAGCUGAGGCCACCCUCUCAAAAGUGUCCCCUUAGGUAGCCCAUUGCUCACAAGGAUAUUGAUCAAACUGGAAAGUGGGGCGUAGACCUGCUUUUUAUUACUUUAUCUGCUUAGAGCAUUUGGACCCCAUUCUUCAGCCAGAAACAUUCCCCAAGUGGCUUAAAUACAACUAAUUAAAACAAGGCAGUCCCUGACCACAGGCUUACAAGGUAUAAAGCACAAUACACAAGGGGAAAGGGAUAGGGAAGGAAAAGGAAAAAAGCAGACUUAAACCUCUUUUGUUGACCACCAGCAUUAUGCUUUCCAUUUUUAAGUUUGGAAUAGAGUAGUUGCUUUGGAAGACGAUAACUAGACUACAAUGGUCUAUUGAGGUUUGCUUUAUUGUCUGGUUUUCUGUUUUUAUAUUGUUGUAUAUUGUAAACUGCUUGGCACAUUUUUAUGAUACUGUGGUAUGCAAAUAUUUUUACAAAUAAAUAAUAAAUAUAAUGGCCAGCUGGCAUGGAAGCAGCUCAGAGGCAGGAGGCACCAGAUGGAAUUGGUCUUUCUGCUGGCUGAUGGAAUGAGCCCUGCUUCCCAUCUCUCCCAAUGAAGUAACUUUCUUCCUCUUAUACUUCCACCCCCAGUUUCUCUAAAUAAAAGGUGCUGGGCAGGUUGACUGUUCCGGGGGAAGUCAUGAAAUGGCUCACCUCAGGAGCCCUGAGAAUCACAGUCCAGGUGUCUGUGAUGUGCUUACUGGAUUAAUCUGUGGUUUUAAGUCUGUACAGAAAUCCAUGUUUUAAAUAUGUUCUUAAAUAUGCAUUUUAUCGUACAAAUAAGAUAAGUCAAUGGACUCUGUGAUUUCAGUGAUUCUAUCCUGAGUACAGCUUAGUUCAAUAUGACCUGCAUUUUAUUUCAGUGUACACAUUUCCAAAUGUAUUUUAUCCUAAAACAGAGCUUGAGGGCCAGAGCCUCUCCUGAUGUUUCCCCCACCUCGGCAUCUGUUAUCUAGAGGUAUAUUUACUUUGGACUAGGGAAAAGGAUUCUGUGGCCCUCCAGAUGUUUCUGGACUACAGAAUGGCUUUCCUCUGGCCCUUUUUGGAGACUUAUUUUCUCUGUAAAAUGACUAAACAGGAAGUGGGCAAACAUCUGGGUUCUAACACACAGCUACAAAAGAGAGAGAUUCAUUCAGUGGAGGCUUCAAGGAAAAAUUGGCUCCAUCUUUGUUGCAUUGGAAUCAAUAUAAAACAAACCAGGCAGUAAAUGUGUAUGCAACAAGUAUGCUUUAUUUUAAUUACAAAAGAGCUUGUUGGUUCAGGUCAAUGGCCCACCUAGUCCAGCAUCCUGUUCUCACAGUAGCUAAUCAGAUGCCCCAGUGGGAAACCAGCAAUUGGGAUCCAAGCACAAGAGCACUCUCCCUCCUGUGAUUUCCAGCAACUGGUAUUCAGAACCAUCGCUGCUGCCAGCUGUGGAGGCAGAGUAUAGCCAUCGAUAGCUAGUAGCCAUUGAUAACCUAUUAAAUCCUGUUAAAUAUAUUUACCGUUUAGCUGUUAAAUCCUGUUAAGUUCAUCCAGUUAAAUAAAUGUUGAACAUAAGGUGGUUAGGUUAAAGGGUUGAACAUGAGUUAGGAAAGUAAUAACUAUACUCAUGAGUAUAGUUGCAAAACCAGAAUUGAGCUCUUGCUGCUUUCCUCUGCUCAUUGCCCACAGUGGUUCUCAACAGUGCCGCAAGCAGAGAGCUGACCUUGAGGAAGAAGCUAUUUCCACAGCUCUUGCCUAACCCAUGCUAUGCAUUUAGUGGGUGGAUCGAUGCAUUAUGUGAUAAUGGAUCAACAGCUUUAGUGCGGGGGGGGGGGGCGUGCUCAGCCUCCAAACCACAAAGCCCAAAUUGCCCUGCACACAAACCAACCAAGCAAAAGAAUGGAGCAAUUUAAGCAUUCACAGAGAAGGUGUUUUUGCUGAUGUGUUAGAAUCAAAUAAGUGUUUUUUUAAAAUUGUCCUGCUCGUUUAUUGUAUUUGUGCCUGGUUGUGCAGCUGACUUGGCCUCCCGAAGCAGCUUACGGCAGUUUAAAUCUCAGUUGCCAAUGCACAGAAAAGUUACAUGGAAAAUAAUUAAGAGAGCAGUAACAAGAUAAAACAGGCAUAACCUUCUCAAUGUAUCCUCAAAGAGAUGGAAGUAGAAGAGACCAGCAUAUUCAAAAACAGUAUUGGUAUUGCAGCUCUCAUCUGAUUCAUCCCAUGCCACAUAUCACACCUUAACUUUGAAACCUGGUUCCCAGCGCUCUCUUCUCCUUCUAGUAGACAGUUCCCAACAAAAGCAUAUUUCCCCAAUGAGAGUCACAGUGCCCUGGUUUCACACCUCCCAAGUGACCAUUGGUGGCUGGUGCUUGCCAGGACUGGAAGGGGAAGUGGGGAAUCAAAGGCAGUAUGCUGGGAAUCGCAGGUGCGGAGAGUUACUGUUGCACUCAGGUCCUGCUUGCUGGCUUCCCAAAUGCAUCUGGUCAGCCACUGAGGAAAGCUGACCACUUAAGUGGGCUGCUGAAAAAAGUAAGGGGAAAGGCUGAAACUCGCCAGCAGAGUAUCUGCUUUUCAUGCAGAAGGUCCAAGGUGCACUGUUGCUGGAUCCAGCUCCCAUCAUCCUUGGCCACUGGCGAGGCUGAUGGAAGCUGGAGUCCAACAACUUCUGGAGAGCUGCGACUUACUCUCCGCUAGCCUGAGGCAGCUGGCAGAGUAGAGUCUGUCAUCAGCAAGACCUGUGCCAUCUUUAUGGAAUGUGAACCCAGUGAAUGCAAAAGAAUCUGUCCAGUGACAGUGAUGUCUGAACCAUCCAGAUUAGCCUGGGUUUAUCACAUGGAAGGAAGGAAGAAAUCUAGAGAGGAGAGCAACAGUGGUUUUACCUACAGAACAAAAGUGAACAAAACCCUCUAUCAUAACACUGGAACUUGUGGACAUCCAACACAUCUAAAUGUUGGGAGAUUGAGAUGAAAUAGAAGAAAGGACUUCUUCACACAGAGCAAAGUUAAACUACGAAACUCGCUCCCACAAGAGGCAGUUAUGGCCACCAACUUAAAUGACUUUCACAGAGGACUGGACAAAUAGAGGAGGGGCUAUUGAUGGCUACUUGCCUCCACAGCUGGAGGCAGCAAUGCUUCUGAAUACCAGUUGCUAUGUGAACGGAAAGUACAUAGGAAUCAUUGCUGUGGGACCUAGGCACGACUGUUCCUCCCUCCACUCCCUGAGCUCCACAUGUUUAAACAGAGCAAAAGCCAGACUGUCCACUCCCUGACCAAAUCAAUUGCAUGUUUCCACUCAGAGGCCGUGCUGCCGGCUCCAUUUGCUCUUGGAAUCGAAAACAUCUCUGCCGUUUCCAAUCUGUACUAUCCCCUUUGAUUUUAAACUGCAGUUUAAUAAAGGGGGUGUACAAAAGGCCGAGGAUAGGCAGUAACGACCAAAAAGGGAGCAAGAGGGAAGCAGAAAUGGCUGUGCUAGGACCACGCUGCAUGGGUUAUUUCCUUGUUUAUAAAAAUAUUUCAUGGAAAAAAAGACAUACGUAAAAAUCAUACAUAAAACCAUGCAAUAAAACAACUUAAAAUUUUAAAAUCAGAGGUCAACUAGAGACAGUAGCCAAAUGAUACCCUAGAUGUCUGGUUUGCCAGCUAUGGUUGUUCCUGGACUGGGAUAGCCCAACCACUGCAGUCCAUGCAUUGGGAGCCACAAGGCUUGGUUACUGCAAUGCGCUGCCCUUGGGCCUGAUUCGGAAGGUCCAUCUGGUGCAGAACGCAGCGGCCAGACUGUUGAUGGGAGCUGUUGUCCGACAACAUGUGACCCCAUUGUUGAAACAGCUACACUGAAUGCCCACUUACUACCAUCCUGGGUUCAAGGGCCUUGUAUUAACUUGCAAAUCCCUAAACAACUUAGGCUCAGAGUACUUGGAUACCUCUUGAACCCUUUUAACCCAGCUCAGUCAUGGAGAUCACCUGCAGGAGCAUCGUUGGUUGUUCCCCAAGUUGGGAGGCCUCAUCUGACAGUAACACAAAACUGAGCCUUUAGGGUUGUUGGCCCAGUCUUGUGGAAUGCUGUUCCAAGAAAGAUUUAGCAAGUGCCAUCUGUUUAAACAUUUAAAUGUCUGCUCAAAACUUUUCUGUGCCACCAAGUUUUUGCAGACAGUUGAUGAUCUUUGAUUUUAUCCUUUAUGGUUUUAUGUGGGUUUUAUUGUCUAUGUAUUUGGUUAUUGUAAAGUGCUCUGAUAGUGAUAUUUUUUUAUGAAUAGAGGUAGACAAGUGUGCAGAACAGAGUUUUGUUUUGUUUUUAAAUGGGACAAAAAUCUUACAAAUCUUAUUUUCUGGAGGUGGAAGUGGAAUGAGUGAAUACAACAAAGCAGCAGCUGAAUUGCCUUCAGCUCUCUGGGCAGGCGUGGAGGCAGCCCCCUCUUUGGCUAUGGAUCUUGGAGGUGGGUCUUUUCUGUCUCUGGCCUUGUUUUGAAGCCCAGCAACUCUUUCCAAGAAAGCUGGUUCCUUUUUUAGGAUGCUUAGGUGUGCAUUUCUUCCCCACCCCACCAGAAUCUCAGCAGAAGGAAGUGGAAGAAAUGUUGGAGCAGGAAGGCUUGUUUGAUAUCGCCCACAGCAGCCCCAGUGAACAGGUUGCUUAUUUGCUGGUUGAGAGAAGCACCCUGCUGGAGAAGAUAGAUGCACUGGAGCAAAAACUGCAAUCCCCCAGCUGUUUGGAAAGCCUUUGCGCUGCUCAGCUUCAGGUAUAUCACCCUUCUUUAUUUGGAACGCUUUUGUAUUCUGCCUUAAAGCCCUGAGAGGCUCCCAGAGCAACUUGCAAAGAGUCAUAGUAUAGUCUUCAUUCAAGUGUAGCAUCGGAAACAGAAAUGCCAUGGUGUCCAUAUGGGGCUAGGAUUACUGAGGCAGCAUUGUCUGCCCUAGAAUCAUAAGGAGCUGCCUUAUACCGAGUCAUGCCAUUGGUCUGCCUUGCUCAGUAUUGUCUGCACCAGCAGUGGACAAAAGCUAGGUUGCAAUCUACUGGUAGGUCUCUGGGUGAUGUGUUGUAGAUCAGCAAUGGUUUCUGAUGAGGACUACAACUUCUGUUGGCCAUGCUGGUCAAGGCUGAUGGGAACGGGAGUCCAACAACACCUGGAGGCCCACAGGCUCCCCGCCCUGUAGCACAGGGUCCUGACUCAGCAGCUGAAGACCAGUGACCUCUCAUGGAGGAGAGAACUAUUGAUGGCUACUAGCCAUAAUGACUCUGCAAUGCCCUUCAUAGAUGGAGACAGCCAUGCUUCUGAAUACCUGUUGCUGGAAGCCACAGGAAGGGUGAGGGCUUUUGUGCUCGAAUCCUGCUUACAGGUUUCCCUCUGGGGCAUCUGGUUGGCCACUGUGAGAACAGGAUUCUGGACUAUAUGGGCCACUCGCCUGAUCCAGCAGGCUGUUCCUAUGUUCUUAAUGUGCUAGCCAUCUCAGCUGGCUUUUUCCUUAAAAAAAAUAAUUGUCCAUUAUGUUUCCAGGUCUCACUAAGACAGGAAAACAUAAGAUUUCCCAGUUAAUUUCCCUCCAGAUUGAUAGGCGAGAAGUAUGUAUAUUCAGGGAGCAGAAGAGGUGUUUUCAGAUAACAUCUGCUCACCCUAUAAAACAUUAUGUUUGUUUUUACUCUCCAUGUUAUUUAUAUUAGUACUAUGAAGAAAUGCAAGGGGAAGUAUUUUGGUGAAGUUAUGUAUUUUUAAUAAUUCUUCUUUCUUUCUUCCUUUUUCUUUUUUGUCUAAGGAUCAGUUGGAUCAUAUCCAGCGGACACUAGAAGAUGAGCUUCAGGAGCAACGGAAAUCUAUGCAGUGCACCAAAGAGAUGACGCAUAAAGUAAUAAAGAGAAGAAAUUGGUCCAACCCUUUUAACUUCUGCUCAUGCUGCUUAGCGUCGUAGUGUAUCUUGGGCGCAUCAAGGGUAACAUGGUGUCAAUUGAAAGACAGCCAUGCAUGGAUUUUUUUUAAGGUAUCACAUAAUUCCUGGAAAAAGUUGUCUAUAGAAGUUGUAGUGGAAGGACCAGACACAGCAUUGACAGAAACCUUGGGAAAUGAAAUGGAAAGUCCCCUAUGGGAUGAAGAUCUAUGUGAACUUAUGAAGCUGUCCUGUACAAAGUCAGGAAAAGAUUGGUCUAUUUUGCCCACAGAUUUUUGUUUGUUUGUUUGUUUGUUUUAAUUGAUGGGAGCUGUAAUCCUGAAAGGCACCACAUUUGCUACCUCUGUACUAGGGGCUGUGUGCUAUUGUAAGAUGAAGCCACCAGUUUUAAGAAAGCUUUGCUCCACCCACAACCACCUUCCCAUCCCUGAGUGAGAAGCAAUGUCAUUGGCCCUUAAUUCUGCCUGCUUGUGUCCAUCUGUUAAAAAUGAAGGUUCUGUCACCUAGGAUGCAGAGAGGCCAUCCCCAGCCAGGGCCCUUCCUCUAAAUAUUGUACUUUGUCUUUUAGUCUCAUGCUGAAGAGCUGGCUAGACAAAGUGCCUUGCUUAGGCACACUGAGCAGCACCUGGAGGAAGCCACACACAGGUUGCAGUUGGCGCAGGCAGAGAUCCGGAGGCUGACAGAAGAAUUGGCCACGCAGAAGGAAAACCAGAGCAAACUGGGUGAGUUCCAACUGCUUGCAGCCACUGACAACUCAAACCUUUUUGGUGGACCUUGGCUGUGAUCCAUUAUUCUUCUCCGGAAGAUGGCACACUAUGUCAAACCGCCCCCCCCCCCCAAAUCUUACAUAAGAUAUAAACACAAAUGAAUACAUUAAGAUGAUGUUAGCAUAUAAAAAUAUUGGCAACGGCCAAGGGGGCUACAGAUCUAUUCUCUUUAUUUGCCCUCAAUGGCCUGGUUGCGUAUCCAAGAAUUUGCACUGCUGUUUAAGGACUGGCAAUAUGUGCUCCAUAUAGCCAGCCACAGCUAGUGGUGUAGCACUUAUGGUUUGGUUUGGUUUUAUCCAAGAGAGUUUUUGAGAUGUUUUCUUUCUUUCUUUUUUUAAAUGAUAUUUAUUGGAAAAAAAUUUUUUUUUAAAGUUACAAAAGAAAAACAAAGUAGAAAAAGAGAAAAACAAACCACUUCCACCCAUACAUAUACAAAUUCAAAAUAAGGAAGAAAAAAACAAAAAUACACCACAAACAUUUAAAAACAUUUAAAAACAAAUCCAUUAUUCUCAACUCCUCAACUGUCAUUACCCUCUUUCCUUGACCUCCUCCUCCUCCCCUUCCUUGUAUCCUGUUUGUUAAUUGUCACAGCAAAUCCUUUCCAUAUUUCAUAAUAUUCUGUCGUUACAUUACCUUAAACUAUUUUAAUCUUAUCUUACUAUAAAAAAACCUUGAGACUUAAAACUUAAAUCUUAUUUUUACCAACUUCUCAUAACCAUAAUAUUCUUGCAUAAUUCUUUAAACAUUUUUACUAAAGCCAAGUAAUUUCAUUCCAACAUUUUUCUAACAUUCAUCAAUUUUAUAAAACAGUCCUAGUAGUGAAAAAAGAAAUAAAAACAAAUCCAAUCUUCAUCCAGCGUCCCUUCCUCCUGGUCCCGGGUUUUGUCAGUCCUUAUUAUCCCAUCAAUCUGGCGCAUUAACCUGGUAAUCUUAUAUCCGAGGCCCUUAAGUCCCUUCCAUGUCCCUUCCGCAGCUCUUCUUCAUAUUUAUAGCUGUAUUUUCCUUUGCCUCCUGCUCCUUUCAUUCGUGGGAACUCCAACUUAGCAGUAUUUUUGACCCUUCUCGACAGAUCAGCCCCUUUUCCAUAAUCGACACUAAAUUCCAUGUGGUAUUUAAAAACAUGUUUCAGAAUCCCUCCAAAAUUAAGAGCCCCCACAAUCCCAAACAUCUCACGGCCCAUUGCCAGACUUGAAAAGUCCAAUUUCAUAGGAGGGUCUAUCCAACCCCCCAUUUCCAAACCAAACCAAACUUUUUCUUUCCAAAUCUGGCUUUUUCCAAGUUCAUUUGUCAAAUCCGAAAGCUCAUAUUCCUGUAGGGCCUGUUCUGUCAAGACACACUCCUGAUUUAAUUCCUGGGUGGGCUCCACAUAUUUUCCCACUGCCUGUUCAAAAUUUCUAAUCAAAUCAGCCAUCAAAUUCGUCUUCUCAUGUAACUGUUCCAGUAGGGCAUUUGUUUUAUAGAAAGCACACAACAGAGCUUCUGAAUACAUUGUCCUGAAGGUCAGAUGUCUAUGCCCAUGAUUGUAAUCUGUAACAGAUGCCAGCUCCCAGGAGUUGGUUACAGUUUCACAGUCUCCCUCUAGGGGGAAAACUUCUGUUUAAUCUUUCUUUUAAAGACAAGUCUAGCAACAGAGUUUCCUUUUUUCAGAUAUUUUGUCAAUAUUUGUUCCUUUAAGGUGCGAAAGGAAACAGUGGAAUCACUAUGUUCCUCUUCUUUUAGCUAUCUGUCAAAAGCGCUUAUUUCUGGUCGAUGAGCUUCAAACGUCAGUCCUGACACCCCGCUCCAGGAUCAGGACGGUGGAAAGUUACUUUACUUUAAACUCACUUCUGCAGGUUUAAACAGUCCAGAAAAGAUCCCCUUCUUCUCCUGCUGCCGAAGGGGGGUUCAACAAUUUUAAAUGAUGAAAGCCAAUCCUUUAGAGGCGAUUUUCUGAGCUCUAGUUUACGUUGUCUUUGCUUUAUUCUGUCUACAAAGAAACGGAAGGCUCACUUCCUGUUUAGACCUUCCCGUUUCAGUACCAAAUUGAAGUAAAAUUUUUAAGUCCAAUUCCUUUCUGCUCGCAAGUCCUUAUUUAAAGUCCAAUUGUUCAAAGUUUAAGUACUCACAGGUGCUUAUUUUAGAAGCCAAUUUGUCCCAGGAAAAAGGCAGCGCUCUCCGGCAACAGCUGUGUGGCUUCGCUCCACGGAAAUAGCAGUUGACUCACAGCACCGCGCCACUUCCCCCUCUUCGCUUCGGAGCCCGUUAGUGGGUUCCUUUGCGGGUUGGGGGGGCGCUAAGGGUGCCCGCCGAGUCCCAUGGUCACAGGCUUCAUUCGCCUGUGGUUUUUAAAAGGGUCCCCGCUUCGCCGUAGCGGAAAAGACCCGUUUCGCGCGGAGCUAGUCCCUCCAAUUCAGAGGGAGUCCGCCAUUGCCGAUGGCGCCACCCCGGAAGUCCGAGUUUUUGAGAUGUUUUCAAAGGCAACUUCCCAUGUAGCACACAUUACAGGAGUCUAAUCUGGGUGCUGUCAGAGCGUGGGCCACUGUGACCAGGUGAUCUCCAUCAAGAGGAAAUGGGGAUGGACACAGCCUGGCACACAUUUUGGUAUCUGUGCCAGCUCAGAUUUCUAACUUGCAUUCAAGGCAGUCAAGAACUCUCACCUGGAAACUGAGUUCAAGGAGAGAGAUAUUCAGCCUCUGUCCCCAAAAUAACUACUUUCCAGGAAAAAGACGUGGAAGCUGUUUUGUGAAACACAGGAGGCUCCCCAGGAGGGUCGUCCCCCCCCCCCGAAGACUUGACAAGUUGGGAAUGUGACCCUCUAAACUCCUUUUUCCCUCAAGGCAGAGAGUGUUGCAAAAUCACCAUAGAACUUUCAGUUAGUGUGGGUCCCAGACUGGCUGCUCUGCUCAGCACAGUCCAACCUCCUGCUCUGCUUUGGUUGAUCAAUUUCUUUUUAGGGCAGCUUUUGCCUCAGAGGGCAUGUUCUGCACAAUGUGCCUCAGCCUCCCGACAGCAGUGCGCUGCCAGAUCCCCAUCAGAGCUGCUGGUGGAUUCAUUUUCUGGGUGACCCUCGAGUGCAUUGAGCCAGUGAGAAAUCUGUUACAAUUUGCAAGUGGUGUUUUCUUUUUUUACACUUGUUUGUGUAUCUAUGGCUUUUAGUAUUUUGAAUUUUAUGUUAUUCUAGGGUAUUCCAUGUUUCAAGGUUAGAAAUUUAUCCAGAUAGGCUCUUUAGGUUAAACUUGGGCUUCUGGGUGAUGUAUUAAGAAGACCUGUGUGUUUUAAUAAUUUGUGAAAGCUGUUGUAAAGGAUUUAUUCUACCUCCUCAAAACAAAUCAGAUGGAAUCCCUGAUUUAUUUUAGGUACAAAGCAGCUAUUCCUAACCUUUUUCACUUUUAAUAGAUCACUGUGGGUUAUUAUAGGUUAACAACAGUAUUAUUUUUUGUUUUUGCAACGAUAGAUGAAUGUGGCUAGACCCUAGCAAUUGCUUUAAUGUUGUUUAUUGGUGCCACACACACAUCCAUUUAAAAUAUAAAUUAAUGGAUUUUAAAAAAUUAGUAAAUAGAGAAGUAUUGCCUAAAGCACACAGACCCCUCUGAUCGAAGAUUUCUGGGACGGUUCUUCUAGCAGCGUUCUUCAGCCUUGGGUCCCCAGAUGCCUUUGAACUACAACUCCCAUAAUCCCUGACCAGGAUCAUGGGUUUUGUAGUCCCAACAUCUGGGAACCCAAGGUUGAAGAACACUGUUCCAGCACACUGUUUGUACUUACUGUGUAUGUGUUUAAUUAUAGGGACAGCAGUAAUCUAUAACUCUCCUCCCCCCACCCCCCAAAAACUGCUCUAUUUUUCAUUCAGCUCCAUCCAUGGCAGAGAGCUUGAAAGAAGAGGUGAAUAAGGUGAAAGACAGUGGUAAGUUGCAUGCUGCAUAUAUCACUCGCUUAGCACAUUUGCAGGAAUAAUUAUGAUUUGUAUUGGACCAAAGGACAAUCUGGUUCAGCCUACUGUUUGUAGCAGUGGCAAAAGAGAUGUUUAACAAGCAGAGCAUGAAGGCAACAGCCUUCUCUGCAUUUGGUUUUCAGAGGUGUAAGUGGGGGGAACUGCAACAAAAUGUCGCACUCAUCAUCUGAAAUGGAGACUAGAGGCAGCAUGGAGUUCUCCUGCCCCAGCAUGCUUGUGACCUGGAUACUCCGUUCCAUUCCUCAUCUCCUUUUCUUUUCCUAAAAAUCACUUAGCUGUUUGGAGGGAUGGGGUGAAUGAACAGGGUUUGUUUGCUCCCUUAGCUUCCCCUUCUCUCCUCCGCAAGGAUUUUCCUUAAGAUCCUUGUUCUUUUUUCUUUCUUUUCUUUUUUGUACUUCUGCAAACAUUAGUAUUCCCCACAAGCAUGCUGGCAUACCUCUCUUAUUUCUUUGUGGCUUUUAAGAGCAUGAUCCUAUUGGCACUCAACCAGCUGAUUUUGUUACUAGAGAGAAUUGUGCUGUCCUGCUCGGUUCCAUCAUAGCUGCAUCUGCCCAGGCAGGUCAUUGGUUCCCCCUCAUUGGCUAUCAAUGUUUCUGGGCAACAGCCAAAUCCUGGCCUUGCCUAGCAGUGUCUCCAUGUAUUUUCUCAGUCCCAGUCCCUCUCUGCGACAUUUUCACUGAGGCAGUCAACUAGCAUCUGAGCUGCACCACUCCACAUUGUAGGAACAGGCAUGACUGGAUGUUCCUUCAACCCCCAGUUAUUCCUUGUACUUGAAAACAUGCCAGGGGAAAAGCUUGGGCUAGAGCCACCGUCUAGUCUUCUAGGCAGAAGGAGCCUUUUUGUGCAGAAAGAGCAUCCAGUCAACUGAGACCCACCUGUAGCCUGAAGUGGUACAGCUGUAUUUCCCCCUGGAAACAAUUAACAUGGAUGAGCAUUAAACUUCCACUAGAUUCCCAGAAGUGGCUUUUAUGCUGGAUGGAAGAUCAAAUAGAACAGAAAACUGAGCAUGUAAAGAAAUGUCAAGAAGACAGAAUAAAGUGUCAUCUGAAUGCAGCCUGACAAGGGGCUACUUAUGUCAUGCGGGGUAGGCUGGCUUGCUAGUUCCCCCGAGGGCCCUGGAUCUCCCUGGUUGGCCUCACAGACUGCUCCCCUGUGAUGUUUUGCUUUGGGAGCUCCAGGCUAAACUCUGAAGAGGGUUCUUCCAGCAGGGGUAUGACCAAUGCUUUUUUUCUUUAAAAAUGUUUAGGGGUACUCUCAUUUUGACAUGAAAAUCACCAUUUUAUAGUUCAAAUCAGGGGAAAGAAAUACCGUAAAUGGACAGAAGUACAAAGAUUCACAAAUUGUUUAGGGGUAUGUGUCUCCCUCUGUCCCCCCAGAAAAAAAAGCACUUUGUAUGACACAACUCAGUAACAAUGUUCUGGUCAUGUGCCCAGGAAACAUCAUGGGCUGUGUGCCUCCUCUAAAGAACUGGAUCGUCAAUUUUUCUUGUUUACAAUUUUUUUAAUUGAAUUUUAGUAACCAACAAGUUUUCCCCGUUUUUUAAAAAAAUUGUCACAUUGCCAACAAAUAAGUAGAGGAUACAGUAGUAAAACAUACCAAGAGGGAAAGGAUAUGUCAUCAAUAAUUACAAAGGCUUCCAUAACAUAAAAACAAUAAAAAACAGAAACAUAAAAAACAAUUAUGUUUUUUGAUGUGAAAAAAAGAUAAAAAGUAACCUUGAACUGCAUUAAACCCAAGACAGUCGUAUGGUCCUGUGGGACCUGAUGCUCCUGAGCCUCUCUGUCUGUAUAUAAAAUAAGAUUAGACCCUAUGGCAAAGAAGCACUUGGGCCCCUGGGCACUUUUUGCUUAUGCCACACUUUGGAAUACCAAUAUUCCAGCUUGUUGAGAUAAAAGACUUCCAAAACUUGGCAAUCGUGGCCUGAGCCACUGUCAGAAAAUGCAAAACGGUGCCAUUUCUGAGAUGUAAAACAGCGUCUACUUGGAUACCUGCUGGUCAUGGCCCCUGGUUGCCUUUAGAAAUGUCAGAGCUACAGAAGGCCAGGGAGCUGAACAUCCGAUUGGACCAAGAAAUCCUGGCACUACGCAGCAGAGUCCAACUCCUCGACUCGGAGAGACAAAUGUUCUUGGAGCAGGUCAGUCUGGGUCACUAAUGUUUGGAGUACUAGUGACCAUAGUUGACGGUGUGGUGUGUGUGGUGGAGCCGAAGAGCCACCCAUCCAUCACCAGCAUUGCUGCAGCUUACCUGAGCAGGGCAGGGGAGGUUGGGGUUGUGCACGUGAACCUUUGGAACACCAGGUUGGCUUUUAGUUAAACUGUUGUGUUGAUCUGUUCAGACAGGCUCGCCGCUAAGGGCUGGCAUCCUCAGGCAGUUGCCAAUGGCCCAAGUUGCUGACCCUAUUAUACUGCCGACCCAAAACGCUAACUGCAACUACCCAUGCUUGGUGGUCCUCUCAGUGCUGAGUAGGGAUAGGGGAGAAUUCUGAUUCAGUUUUCAUUAUUAACACGUCUCUAAAUUUUAUAAGGCAGCUCUCCAGCCAAGUAAUGUGUACAAAAAUACUUAUACAGUACUAGGGUAAAAUUUGCAUCUAAGUGCAUAUAUUGGGGAGGGGGAGCAUAAAAAAUGCAUUAUAUUAGGGGGGAUUGCUUUGCAAAAAUGUGUGUAUUAGGAGAAUUACACACCAAACUUCUGGUACCUUUUUCAUGAGAAUUUACUUUUAAAAAAAUCACAUAAAUAUGUGGAAUUGUGGAGAACUGAAGAAUGGAAAAAUGAGAAACUGAGAGAAACUGUUUUUAGAUUAUGCAAGAUCAUUUUGGAGGGGGAAAUCCUCAGCAGGCGAGGAAUUGCUCUGAGAGGGUCUUUCUAACCUGGGUGAACUGGCCCAGGAGAGCAGAGGUUAGAUGUGAAUUCUCUCUUCUGAAUGAAAACCAUUGGAAGUCUUUCUUUCUUUCUUUCUUUCUUUCUUUCUUUCUUUCUUUCUUUCUUUCUUUCUGGCAUUUAAGGCUGAAAAGCUUGAUGAGGAGGUUCCCAAGUAUCAGGUGACUGAGGAAGAGCCAAGAUAUGUAUUAGCCAGGACGGACCAAACUAAAGAACAAGAAGGCUGCUUGUUGCAGGUAUUUUAAAUUUAUUUAUUUGUUCGCAUAUUUGUUUGUUAUUUUUGUGUCCCCUGCAUUCUCCAAGGAAGUUAAGAGUGGCAUAAAUUGAUUUCCCCCCUUUUAUCCUCAUGACAACCCUGUGAGGUAGGUUAGUCAGAGAGAGAGAGAGAGAGAGAGUUACUGGCCCAUGUUUCCUGAGUGAGCUUUGGGGCCAACAGGGGAUUUGAACCUGGAUCUUCCCAGUCUUGUCUAUCCUCUAUGCCAUACUGGCAGUCUAUUUCUUCUCACUCCACCCCACAUAAGGGUCAGAUUUAAGUGGUAGAGGGGAGGUUGUGAUUUGAAGGGGCUUCAACACUUCUCCUACCCACCACUUAUUUCCAGCACUUAGGCCACAUUCACCCCAUACAGUUAGAGAAAUAUUAAAAGCACCACUUUAAACAGUCAUGGCUUUCUCCCAAAGGAGCCAUAGUCUAUUAAGGGAGCUGAGAUUUGUUAGAAGACCCCUAGUCCCCUCUGAAAGCUACAGUUCCCAGAGUGGCUUAAAAAUCCUUCCCACUUCAUAGGGAACUCUGGGAAUUGUAGCUCUGUGAGGGGACUAAGGUGCCGCCUCAUGACUGUUAGCGCCCUUAACCAAACAACAGCUCCCAGAAUCCUUUGCGGGAAGCCAUGACUAUUUAAAGGGGAAUCAUGCUGUUCUAAAUAUAUGUUUUGAGUGCUUUACCCCCAGCCCUGGCAGCACUUGUAGAGGAACCCCACUUCUCAUGGAGGGUAGGAAACAGACCUGAAAGAAUUGACAAAAAAAUAGAAAAAAGCAGUAAUUAACAUGGGCCUUCAAGCAGAGAACAGAACUGGCUAACUAUGGACCAGUAAAGAGCCUGUUCAUUAGCUGUGAUGAACAAAAGUAAUUGGAGAAGGGAGCUUCUAAUUAACAUUGUAGGAGGACCUUUGCUGAAUAGGAUUUGCAACUAUGGGACAAUGUGGUUGGGGCCCCACCUUGCAUGCAUGAGGUCAGAUCAAGACGGGCUGGAAAAGAUUCCUGCCUGAAAACCUGGAGAGCUGCCGGUGGCCAGGCUGAACUAGAUGGACCUGUGGUCUGUCUAGAUAUAAGGUAGUUUACUAUGCUCCUAAAUUUUCUUGGAUCACAGGAUAAAAAGGGAAAUCUGAAAGCUGAAGAAGAGACAAGCAUUUUGGACGAAGCUGCCUCAGAAUCUGAACAUAACAAGGCCCUUCAUCAGAGGUGAAUAAGCUAAGCAAAUAUCAAAAAGCAAAUGAUUUCCACCAAGUCUCAGUUGGUAGAUCAUGAGACUUUUAAUCUCAGGGUUGUGAGUUUGAGCCUCACAUUGGGCAAAGGAUUCUUGCUUUGCAGGAGGUUGAACUAGAUGAUCCUUGUGGUCCUUUCAAACUCGACAAUUCUGUGAUUCUGUGAUCACUUAAAUUAUGUAAAUGUGCUGCUUUCUUUGAUGCUGUUGUUUAAUUGCCCACGAUCCUUGCUUCUGCAAAACUACAUUUUGUGAAUUUCUGCUUUGGUCCAUUCACACAGCGGAUACUGGUAGAAUCUCAGGUUACAUCAGGUAGCACAGCACCUCUGAUUGCCAGUCAGUUUCCGGGCCCAAUUGAAGAUGGCAACAUUAAUUUCAAAUCUUUAACUUAAACAGUUCCAGCUGCUUCAGGGACCUCCUGCCAAUGUGUUUCACUUUGACGUAGGUGCCGCCGAGCCAUUGAAGGCGUGGAAUGCCAAAACUCACAGCUCCUGCACAAGCUCCGGAAGUUGGAGCGGGAACACGAGGACCUGGUGGAGAGGAAUGAGGAACUGGAGUCCCUCCUAGGGGAGACACAGAACCAGACUAAGGAUGAGCGUGAGCAGUUUGAGUGUGAGAUAGACGGACUGCAGAGGAAGGUAACCCCGACUGGCGAGGUGUUACUUGUUUAGAGCAUUUUUAUACCCCGCUCAUCAGCCCCAAAGGCUCCCACAUACAACCAAGACAGUCCCUGCCUGCAAAAAUUUACAGUUUUUUAUAAAAUGACAUGCAAGGGAAAAGGGAAUAGGGAGGGAAGAGGAAAAUCAAAACUCAGACACCAAUUUCUAGACAGUUAUUCCUAUAAUGAUCAGCUGCCCCUUUUCAGGGGCAGGAGGUGCUUGGUGGAGCCAGACCUCUGGCAAAGUUGAUGGAAUAAGCCUUCUGCUUCCUGCCUCUCCCACUGAGGCAAGUCACAGGGCUGUCUUUCCUCUAGACCUUGGGGUCCAGGAGGGGCUUUCAAAGCCCAGUUCACACUCUUGCAAGCUGGGUUCCUGUUGACCAUCAAGGCAUUUUGUGUUGUUGUUUUUCUCCGCUGGGGUUGAACGUCUGUACGGUGUGAAAUGGUUGGUUGAACUGGAGGGCAAGCAGGCAGUGACCUUCGAAAAAGGGUAAAGGCUGAGGUAGGAUUUGGAGGGAGGAGACAGUCUCUAAGUUCUGGGACGUGAGGCAGAGGGCCUUCUCAGUAGUGGCACCCGCCCUGUGGAAUGCCCUCCCAUCAGAUGUCAAGGAAAUAAACAACCAUCUGACUUUUAGAAGACAUCUGAAGGCAGCCCUGUUUAGGGAAGUUUUUAAUGUUUGAUGUUUUAUCGUGUUUUUAAUAUUCUGUUGGGAGCCGCCCAGAGUGGCUGGGGAAACCCAGCCAGAUGGGCGGAGUAUAAAUAAUUUAUUAUUUGUUGUUGUUGUUUUAUUAGGACAGACAAUCUAUCAGUUUUGAUUUCUCUGGGUUCCUUUUUUUUAAACAACUUUGAGUUCAGUUCACCCCUUUUCCACAUCAGUUUGUGAUUUAUUUAUUUAUUUAUUUAUUUCUUCAAUAAAUUCAGGCACAUUUCCCGUAACAUACGCGUUAUAUGCAGUUUUUCCCAAUUUACAAUCAAGUGGCGUAUGUUUUAUUUAUUUAAACAUUUAUAUGAUGCUAAUUCAUUUUAAAAAUACCAAAGUGAUCACAGUGAUUUGCACAUAAAACCACACAAUAAAAACCAUAUUUGAAAGGUUAAAAUAAGAAAUCAUCGUACUGUACUAUUGUGGAAAGAUGUCUUCUUAACUGCCUGCAAUAAGCCUGACUGAAGAAUAAAAGAGUUUUCAGCAGACAUUUUAAAAUUUGAAACAGAAGAAGGCUUCUGAAUAAACAAAUAUGCACAUUCUUGUCAGCCAUUUGCCGUUACAUAACAUAUUUUUUGUAUGCUGUGUUGGUGAAUAUACGCUGGUGGGUAAAAAGGACUGAUGUGAGGCAUGAUCACUGGAUCCAAUGCAGAGAAAAUCUCCCUGGCAGGAAAGCCAUCUAGAACCCCGAACAGUUGGAAGCUAUAAGGCUGAGCUAACAGUUUCCAACUGUCAAGAGCAGUUGGAGUCUUCCUGAGCCAAGGGCCUCGUGUGCCUCCCUUCAUAAGAUGGAGCUACAGGAAUACUUCAGUGAUAGGGAGCCAGAAAGAAACAUAAUAUGCCCAGGAGUAGCUCAAUUGGAGGAGAUCAGUGAGAGAACAUGGCACACAAGUAUUUUCAUUUGGUUUUCCUCGCUUUGUAGAAAGGGUGGCCCUGCAGAUGCUCCUGGACAACAACUCUAAUCAGCCCUAGCUAGCAUGGCCAACAGUCCGGGGUGAUGGAUGUUGUGGUUCAACAACAUCUGGGAGCUCAGAGAGGUUCCUUAGCCCUGGCCUAACUGUAGGGCCAACGCUUCUUACUAAGCCCAGUUCCUGGCCACAUCCAGACCACAAGGUCCUGGGUUUCAUCUCUUGAUGGAGAUGGAGGGUUCUUUGCAAAACCAAAAACAACCCUAUCUCUCCUAGGUGAAUGGAACCAGUGCUUUUUUCUAGGGGGACGCAUACCCCUAAACAUUUUGUGAAUUUCAGUUUGGCCUCAUUGAGGGGCAGUAUUUCAAUGUGAGUAGGAAAAUGAGAGUACUCCUAAACAUUUUUAAUAGAAAAAAAAGCACUGAACGGAACUAUAAUAAUUCUCAGUUUUGCUCCUAAGCGGGGUUCUGUUCUGGUGCCACAGCACUAGAAGAUGAGGGAAUGGUUGGGGUGGCUGGCAUUUCUCAAUGGGAAAGUCUCCUGGAUAGGACAUUGUUGUUGUUGUUGUUGUUGUUGUUGUUAAAUCAUAAUUAUUGCCCGUCCUUCACCCUAACAUAGGGCUUGGGGCAGCAAUUCCAUCCUCUCUUGCCAUUGACCCAGCUGGCUAGGACUGAUGGGAGCUGGAGUCUAGCAGGAUCUGGAGCCCCAGUUUAACGUAUUUUCUGUUUGGUCCUGAGUCAGGCCUGUGCUCCAUUUAGCCCAGAGCUGUGUCUUCGCACUGGCCGUGAUCCUGUGUGGUCCCAAGCAGAGGCAUCGCACCCGGCCUUGCUACAUGAGAUAUGCCGGCACCUGAAGCCAGGCCUUUUUUGGCAUACAUGUGUGGCGGUGCAUAGCCCACUUUCCAAAGGAUUCAGAGGGAAGAUGAGGUUUGAGCUCAUGAGUUCUCAGCUCACACUCUCAACCAGCUUUUCUUUGAUUGAUUGAUUGAUUGAUUGAUUGGUUGAUUCCAUUUCUAUACUGCCCUUCCUCCUGUGGGAGCUCAGAGCAGUAAACAGCAUAAAAAUACAAUCUAAACAAUGAAUCCCAAAAUCAAAAUACAAAGAAUACUGGCUGCUAAAAUUUCAGCAAAUGUAUAAAGCAUAUUAAAUAUUAUAUCUACCACAUCUUAAAAUAUAAUUUAUUAAUAUAUAUAACACAUCUAUCCCACCUUCCUCUCAGGUUACAUUUAAAAACAUUGUUAUAAAAUACAAAUAAUAGUUAAAAUAUAUCAAAACACAUUCAGAACCAGCAAUUAAAAUCCAGUUUGCCCUGACUUCAGGUCAGCAUCAUCUGCCCCUUCGUUUCCAAAGGCCUAUCUGAACAGGAAGGUCUUAACCUGUUGGCGAUAGGUUAAUAAAGAGGGUGUAACCUCUCUUGGGAGGGAAUUCCACAAUAUGGCAGCAGCUACAGAAAAGGCUCUCAUGUCAUCACCAGCCAUGCCUCUCGGACUCCCCUGAGGAUCUUAAAACUAGGGCAGGCUUGUAGUGGGACAUAUGAGCUUUCAGGUAACCUGGGCACCCAAGCCAUGUAUUCCAACAUCAGGAGUUGUGUGAAGGGGUUGGGGGACUGAAAAAGGCACUUCUUUUUUAAAAUAAAACCUCUUCCCUCUUGUUUGGGGUGUGUGUCAAGAUUUCUCGUUUAGAGGCAGAACUCUGGAAAGCGCAGAAGAGUAAAUCCGAUAUGACUGACGAAGAAACAAGCAAAGUGGCAGAUUCCCAAGAGGCAAGGAGCAAGGUUGAAGGGGGUGUUUUGGGGGCCCCUAGAUUGGGAAGGAGGUGGAAGGUGGGGGUGCACCUCUGAGGCCCAUCACCAUUGGAUUGCAUGGUCCAUACUUGCAGACCUCCCCUUUCAGCAGGCUGACAAUGGUUGCAAUUUUCACUGGUCUCAGGUGGAGAAAAGUAAGCGAGAGAAAGUGGAAGAGCUGGAAAGCAAACUCUUGGAGGAGACAGAGUGGAGGAAGCAGCUGGCCUGCAACCUCGAAAUGACACAGAAAGCAUUGAAAGAUGGAAAGAAGGUGAGUGGUCCCCAAAUUAUUAUUGUCAGCUGCUUUUAGAGAGCCUCCAAGGACUAGGUCAGCUGAUGCCUUGACAAAGGAAAUAGUUUGACUGGUUCAGCAAGUUUCCUGUUAGAGAUUCCAGCCUCACAUACUCAAGAUCACAGGCUUGGAAAGGACCCCUGGGUAUCAUCCAGACUGAGCCCACCCCCCAAACUAUAACAGUAACUUGCCAGCUAAAGAGCUCUCAUUGCAAGCCGGCCCAGCUAACUCCUUUGGCUGUUCAACCAGGAGCUGCACAGUUCCAAGUCAGAGCUUCUGCGGCUUCGGGGAGCAGCUGAGGAAAGAGAUUUUCUGCACGUGACUCUUGAGAAACUACAGCAGGAGAAUGUGAUGCUGGAAAUGAAGGUGAGCCUUGUGGGAAGCUUAGUAAUCAGAAGUGCUUUGAAAACAAUACCCAUGAAUAAGCUUCCUUCUGUUGAGACAGACAAUCGAGUACACUAUGACUGGAUCUUAGCCUCCCACUCCCCACCUUGAACCAGGAGGACCCACGCCACAUUACAGAGUGAGGUCCCCCAACAUUUUCAGAACACUGCCAUAUGAUAUUUGGAAGGGUGAUGGUGCUGUUUGAGUUGCAUAAGCCCACCCCUUUAGGGCCACACUUUACUUGGUCCUGGUCAGCACUCUAAACUUGGGAUAUUUGCAUUCCUAACCUUGCAGGUGUCAGAGCUCUUCCAGGAAUGUGAGCAGCUGAACCACAUUCUUACAGAAGGGAAAAAACCCGGGGAAAUAUUGUUGGCAAGCCGGAGGAUGUGCCCUGAGCUGACAGCUAAGGAGAGGGCUUUGGAAGAUCAGAUCCACAGCCAGGGAGAAGAAAGAGAGCAGCUGCGGUAAAAUAUCUAAAUAAAGAUUUAAAAAGUAUAUUUUAUCCCAAUGUAUGCAUUUCUAAGCAUACUGAGCUGUCUCCAGUGUCGGUCCUGCUCAGAGCAGACCUACUGAAAUAAGUAGACAUGACUUUCAUAGGGCUUCUCUGAAUAGGGCUUGGCUCACUUCUACACCAUAUAUUUAAAGCACUCUGAUACCACAUUUGCAGUCAUGUCUCUCCCUGCCACCACCCUAAUAAAUGAGCACUGCAGUUUGUUAAGGGUGCUGGGAACUGUAGCUCUGUGAGGGGUCUCCCAACAACUCUCAGCACCCUUAACAAACUGCAGUUCUCAGGAUUCCCUGGGGAAUGUCAUGUGCUUUAAAUGGAUGGUUUGUACGCAGCCCAUGUCAAGAAGCCACCAAUACUCCAGCAAGUAUCCAUGCUUAUAUUUUUGUCCCUUAUCUUGGGGGAAUUGCAAAACUCACACAGGUUAUGCUGCAGUAAAUGGCAUAUAUCUGCCGGCCUUUCUCUCUCCUCUCCUCCCCCCCUCCACCUUCAACCUGAAGUGUUAAAUUGUUAGAGAGCAAGAAGAAAACGGAGGAACUAGAAAAGAAGGUUAAGGAGAGCUAUGAAGAGAGAAGACGCCUGUGGGAAGAAAACAUGCAGUUAAGGAAAGACAUGCUGGAUCUCCAGUGUCAGCUUAACAUCAAGAGCACGGCAAACGUCAGGGCAAAGCGUGAGGCUGGCUUUGGAGAGAAUCCACCCCGCAAGACCCAGACUCCCAUGGGGAGCACAGAUGGGGAACCAAAGCAGGUAAGAAGGCUUCCUGAAAGAAAUACCUCUCUGCAAGACAGAGGUCCCCCAAAGUAAGACAGCCUCCUGCAAAAAAGAGAAAGUGCUGUGAUUUGGGGGGGGGGGUCUCAGUAGGAACACAGAAUCAUUGCAGAUGCAGAUGUAAACAGAGGAACCUAAAACUUUCCAAAGCUAUUUUUUAGAAUUGUAGAGUUGGGAGGAGCCCCCUAAGGGUCUUAUAGUCCAACCCCCUGCAGUGCAAGAAUAACAGCUAAAUGAUCCUGGACAGAUGACCACCCGACCUCUGUUGAAAAACCUCCAGAGAAGGAGACUUCAUUACCUCCUGAGGUAAUGUUCCAUUACCAUGUUCCAUGUUCUGUUCCAUUGUUGAACAGCUCCUAUGCUCAAAGUUCUUCCUAAUGUUUCAUCAGUGGGUGGAUAGUCCAUAGUCACAGGUGUGUAGGGGUGUAUUCAACUAUGCCCUAUGCAGAGUAGACACACUGAAAAGAAUGGACCUGAGUUAGUCAUUCCCAUUAAGAACAUGUGAAGAACCUGCUGGAGCAGGCUAGCAGCUCACCUAGUCCAGCAUCUUGUUCUCACUGUGGCCAACCAGAUGCCUGUGGGAAACCAGCAAGCAGGACCAGAGCUCACGAACCUUCUCUCCUCUUGUGGUUUCCAGCAUAGCUGGCAUGGCUAGUAGCCAUCAAGAGCCUUCUCCAGGAGUUUCUCUAAUCCUCUUUUAAAGCCAUCCAAGUUGGUGGCUUUCACUGCCUCCUGUGAAAGCAAGUUCUGCGGUUGAACUAUGCAUUAAUUGCAGUGCGUCCACUUUGAGUAGCACUUGCAUUGGAUAGAUGUAUACAACCCAUGGUCUACUGGCAACCCUUAGUGGUCUAUCGGUAAGGCUGGGAGAGCUCAGCAGAUCUGGGAGCAUUGUGGCAGGUAUUGGCUGCUGAGCAUCACUUGGUUCCCAGAAGGCUUCUAGGCAGUGUUGGGCAUGUCCUCAACUCAUGUGGCCAAUACUGCUCAGGUGGUGUCACAGAGAGCAGGAAAUGGUGCCAGUCCCAGUCCAAGCCCUGUGUUGCUCCUCUCUGCAUUUAUCUGGCAACUGUAUCAGCUGCCUUCCUCACAGCUUCUGCUCUGUCUCACAGGGUCUGCUGGGGGAGAGACCUGAGCAGAAGGAGGACGGGCAUCUUCUCUGGCAGGAUGUUCAGCGCAUCCAGAACUUGGGCAGCUCCGCCGAGAAGGAGCUGAGGUACGAAAGGGAGAAGAACUUGAAAUGCAACAUCUUGCUUCAGCAAGAAAACAUCAAGGUAGGUGACCCCAUCCCCAUAGGGGCAGGAAAUCCAAGUGACAGUUUUGAAAGAGAUGGGGACAUGUCCCUUCUUCUUUGUCUUCUUAUUCCUCCUCUUUUUCCUCCUCCUUUUAAGACAUGUGUUCAUUGAACAGAUUUAUGCCCUGGCUUUGUUAGGCCAAAGCAUCUUCACUUGACUAACACAUAAUUUUCAUUAUGAUAUUCAUGAGAUGGUUCUUGAAAAGACAUCUCUUUGCUUAUUCCUGGCCCUCUCAGGCUGGAUUUUGUGGGCUGUGGCCAACCAAGUUCCACCCAAAGCAGACCCUUGGAAAUUAGUGGACAUGACUAACUUAAGGUCCAUUAAUCUCAGUAGGUCUCCUCUGAGUAAGUCUCAGUUGGCGUUUGCUUGCCUAGUCUUGCCAUGCAAAUAGCUCUCCAAACGGAAUGUGUUGCUUGUUGAAUCACCAUUUUAGCUUCCACUUAGCCUUGUAUCAAUACUUUUAUGUACCAGCUGAACUGUGUCACCUCCUGUUUGCCUCAUGUCCCAGUCCAAUUUGAGUGUUGAAGCCUUUGGCAGACCCAUAGCUGGGAGUUGGAGUUCUUUGCCUUGCAAUGAGGGCCUGGACAGUUAUCAGGGAACUGCCAUUUUGUUGUCCCACUUUCCUGAAAGUGCCACCUUUUCUCUGCCCCACCCUUUCAGGUCAAAGCCGAGCUGAGGCAAAUGCAGCUGAAGCUCUCCGACUCCGCCAAGGCCUGUUCGUCACUCACUUCACAGUGGGAGCUCAGCCAGCAGAAGGUCAAAGAGCUGGAGCUGGAGCUGCUCAGGCAGACGCAGGCGGCCAAGCAGCUGAGCGGCCUGAGGGAGAAGAUCGCCCAGGAGAAAGCCAGGGCCACUGAGGCUGAGAGAAAGGUCAGUGGCCCCAGCUGGGUUCACGGUCCCAAGCUGCUUUCGACAAUGCCAUCCUGAAGAGUUGCAGAAGUAUUUGUUUAGUUAAAAAAAUUAGACCCUGCUUUGCACUAUGUGCCUCAAUGUGGCUUGGUUAAACAGUGGAAUUUGCUCCCACAGGAGGCAGUGAUGGCCACCAACUUGGAUGGCUUUAAAAGAGGGCUGGACCAGUUCAUGGAGGAGAGGGCAAUUGAGGACUACUAGCCAGGAUACCUGCGCUCUGCGUCCAUGGUUGGAGGCAGCAAUGCUUCUGAACACCACAGGAGGGGGAGUGCUCUUGUGCUCGAAUCCUGCUUGUGGGCUUCCCAUACUAGGUCUCUGGUUGGCCAUUGUGAGAAAAGGAUGCUGGACUAGACAGGCCCCCUCCGGCCUGAUCCAGUAGGCUCUUCUUCUGUUCUUAAGUAAUGUUCUUUAGUUUGAAACAUCCUCCUUGCAGCUUCUGGCCCUCUUGCUGCUUCCUGAUCAGUGUUGUAGCCCAUGAAGAGUUCCUUGUUCGUUCCUGCUGCAUCUCCCACAUUGAGGCAAUGCUUUGCUUUCUACGUAUCUCUUCCUUCCAAAUCUCUGCUACUCCUGAGGCUGCUCUUUCCUCCCCUCCAACUUCUCUGGCAGACUGGGAAGGUGCAUCCCAUACAGCUGUGACUAUUUAGUUCCUAAAUUCUUCAGGUCCCUUUUGUUAAUGGUUACCUACCUGGGCCACUCAGAGCCCUUGCUGUCUCGCAUCACCUUCUUCUUAGAUUUUGGAACUGCAGCAAACACUGAAGGAAUCUCACCACCAAGUACGGCUCUCCGAGACCCACGUCUUGGUGAGGAAGCAGCUGGAGGAGCAGCUAAAGGAGGCCAGGGAAGAGGAAACCAAGGCCCAGCGGCAGUUCCAAGAGGAGCAGCAAAAAAGGUAGCAGAAAUAACCUCAGUUUCUCUUCUGUAAGACAGGAACGGAUUCUGUGGUGUAGGGGGAUUUGGCCAGCUGAUAAGCAGCAGGGAUUUGUCCAGAGAAAGUUUGCUCUUUAUUCUUUAUUAAUUAUUACAUUUUCAUUCCACUUUCUCUCCAAGAAGCUCGAGGUGGCAUGCACGUUUCUUCUUGCUCCCAUUUUAUCCUCAGAACUCUAUGACGUAGGCUUGGCUGAGAGACUAUGAAUGGAGUAAUCUGCAUAGGGCUAUUUUGAAUUGGAUAAGAUGCAAAGGAUAAUUUGCAAUUUUGAAUUGGAUAAUUGGCAUUACCAAAAAAAAAGUGAUGCCCCAGAGAGUGAUCCAAUUUAGCAUGUUUAUUUUAGAUAUCUUUAGUAAACAAAGUGAAAAGCUUCAAAACUGCCAAACUUGCCAAAUUCCAUAUUUGCAGUUGGCAUCCAGUCAUUAGGUUAUGCCCAGUGCAAGUUCUACUCAAAGCUAGACCCACUGGUAUUAACUAACCCAGGUACAUUAAUAAGUUUACUCUGAGUAGAACCCAUUGUUACUAAUGACCAUGGAAAAAUGAACCAAACUGGAUGAUUUCCUGUUUUGUAUCACUGGAUUUUUCUCCUUGUUGGCUGCCAGGAAGCUCCUGGAUCAGCAGACAGAAGACCUGCAGCAGCAGCUCAGGCACUCCCAGGAGAAUGAGGCGCAGCUGGCCAGGACAUUUGCUGAGCUGCAGAUCCAGCAUCAGCAUCAGGAGGCCCAGUUGCGGAUCCUGGAAGAAGAGAAGAAAACCCUCUCCAAUGAGGUGAGAAAAGGCCGCUGCUAGGGAUGGACAAAUCCAGCAAUGAAUUCAGUUUACCAUUUUUUCAUUCUAUGAAGACAGAAAUAAUAAAUAAGUCUUUUGUGAUUACUUAGUAUACAGAAGCAGAUGGUUUCAAUUUUGUGUUCUCUUACCUGUUACUUUGUCUCAUAUAAAGCAGUGGCUGAUAACAAUACUGAUCCUAUUCUAUUAAACCAGCCCUGCCACCAUCCAAACACUCUCUCCACUGCCACCCACUCCCAAACUCAGCUGAGCCCCACCCCAAACUGUCUCCCAUCAGCAUUCAAACUCCCUUUCAAAUGCUUAUUCAAUCACCAAUCACUUCCAAGCACAUUUUGUCUUCCCCUCCUAACCUAACACAUACUUUAAAUCAUGUAUUAUAGUUACCUGAACAAUUAUCACAACAUCACAGAGACCCUUUCCUGGUAGCCUAUGCAGUGCCUCUUGGGUAAGCAUAUGGGAGCAGGUAGCCCUUAGAUGCUCUGGUUCCAGGCUCUGCAAGGUUGAGAGCAGGGGUUGUCCUUUUAAAACAGCAGCUACAUGUGCUCUAUCACAAGUGACCGCCUGCCAGCUUGUCCACAUGGCUGGCCUCUGGCUGAAUUUGGUCGGCAAUUGACUGAUGACCCCAUGCCAAAUCUCCUUUUCAGCAUCUCCAGUGUCAGAAAUACAGCCAGAAGAUUUCAGGGCAGCUGUUGGGGUUGCAACAGGAGAGGGAAACCCUCCGGGAAGAGUAUGAGCACAUCCUGAAGGAGGUGGCCAUUUCUGUCAGGUGACUACACAAAUGAGAUUAAAGCAUGGCUGUGGAACCUUUGGCCUGGGGCCUGAAUCCAGCCCUCCAGGUUUAUCUGCCUUUCCCUUGGGAUUAUCUUCAGGCCACACUCCUUCCUGGUUCUGCUUUGCUGCCUCCUUGCGUGCUUUUGUCUGCCUGGACUGUGUCCUUGAACUCUGAUUGUGCCUCUUGCUUGCUUGGGUGGACAGCAGAGAGAGGGGUCCCUAUGCAGAAACCAGCCUACUGGGCAGUCACUGCUCUUCCCACCUUUGCCUCUGACCUCACCCACCACUGGUUUGUGGUCCCUGGAAGGUUGCCCAUUUGAGGAUGUAGCCUCAGGCUGGAAAAGAUUCCUCAGCCCUGGGCUAAUGGCAGGAAUGGCCAUCGUUCUGCCUGGAUGCUGAGGUCCAGCGCCGAGGGCCUUCUGGCAGUUCCCUCAUUGCGAGAAGCAAAGCUACAGGGAACCAGGCAGAGGGCUUUCUCGGCAGUGGCGCCCGCCCUGUGGAAUGUCCUCCCAGCAGAUGUCAAAGCGAUAAACAACUACCUGACAUUCAGAAGACAUCUUAAGGCAGCCCUGUUCAGGGAAGUUUUUAAUGUGUGACAUUUUAGUGUAUUUUUGGUCUCUGUGGAGGCUGCCCAGAGUGGCUGGGGAAACCCAGCCAGAUGGGCAGGGUACAAAUAAAUUAUUAUUAUUAUUAUUAUUAUUAUUAUUAUUAUUAUUAUUAUUAUCAUCAUCCAUAGGGGGUUUCUCCUGCAUACACCAGUGGCAAUAAAUACUACACGUCUCAAAUAUUUGGGAUCGGUCAUAUGCUUCUUCCUUUUUCAUGUUCAUCUGUAGAUCUAAGUGCCACUGAUGAGGAGGAAACCACCCCCUGGACUGGGUGGAAGUCAGGAGUUGGGUGCUGACUAAGGGAGGACAGAUUGCCAGGCCUCCGCUGACUUGGCUGUGUGUUUUGGGCACCAGGGCCCCCUUUCUGAUGACUGCGGCCUGUUUUCUCAGGAAACAGAAAGAGCGACAGCUCCGGCAUAAGGCCAAGCUCCGGCGAGCGAAGGAGACCUUCAUCUGCGAAGUGAAGCAGCGCGAUGUCCGCAUCAGGCACCUCGAGAACGAACUCAAGCUCUCCAAAAGUCAGUCAGAAAAGGUGAGAGCCCUCUCAGAUGGUGGCUUAUUUCUAAAAAUAAUAACAGUAAUUGAAUUGUUAUAUAUAUAAAAAAGCUUUCCAAUAAAAUUUAUUGUUAGAUAUGUUUUACAACUGCAGCCCCAGUCACGUUGGAUCGUAAAUGUCAAAGAAGAAAAAGGAGUUCAGUCUGCCAAAGUGCUAGACGAAAAAAGCAUGUAGCAGAAUAAUAACACCAAAAUCCCUAAGAGAGCAAGACCUUUAUUAGGCCCAUGAAAAUGUCACCAUAAAAUAAUGUGGAAGCUUUCAAAUCCUCCAGGUGCCAACUCUUAGAUGUUUUCCUGUUUGCUUGAAUGCCUCGUGCAAAAUCCUGACGGUUUGGAGGCUCCUUGAGUGGGGUCCCUUUCCCCUUUGCAUUUUAACCAUGGUUUGAUGGGGUUACAAUUCUGGCGGGUGAAGGGAAGAGGAGCAGAGAAUGCUGGAAAACAUAUCCCAUGAUGGGGCUUCUCUGCGUGGCAUCCCUCCUUGCAGGAUGCAAUGCUGAUCGCGCAGGUGACCACUGAGAACGACAGUUUACUCCAAGAAAAGCGGAAGCUCACUCAGCAGCUCCACAAACUGGAGGAAGCGGAGCGGAGCAGCAAGCAGGAACUCUCCACAAUCCAGAGCAGGUAGCAGCAGUUUGUUUGUUUUUUAUAAAAAAAAUCUUAAAAAAGAAUUGCAAGCCUUGUGAUUCAGUGCCAUGCAGCUUGAGGUGUCUGUGCUGUUUGGCAUUCAGCCGCAGGAGUCAUCUUGACCACAUUGGUCUCACCCUUGUUGUUUAAAAUGUAUGAAAUGCACGCUUUGUCCAAAGACCUUGUCCAAAUAUUAAAUUUGUCUCCUUUGUAAUAGAACAGCCUUCACCAACCUCCCAUACACACCUCGCUUGCACAGGAUGAUGGGAGUUGUAGUUCAAAACAUCAGAAAGAUAUGAGGUUAACCAAGACAGAUAAAGAGGAGCACUUGGAUAAAAACGAGACAAGAUAAAUCAGCAUCCCAUAUUUUCAUUUUUUUGCUUUUAUAAAAUUUUCUUUUAUAAGUAUUUAUUUUAAUUGUUUCUUUAUUUUUUAUUGUAACAUGAUGACCAUUACUAACCACCCAAAGGUGCAGUAGCAGGGUAAUACACCAUAUCCUAUACAAAGCAAGCAAGGAAACAAAAAAUAAUUAGAGGAAGAAGUGGUAACACACCAAUAUAAAUCAAGAUAUCUCUAUUUCCUGAGCUGCCAUGGAUGGUGAAUGUUGGGCAUCUAAGUCUGAAGCAGAUCAGAUGACAUACAAGUGUUUUGUAUCUUCCCUCAUCCCUCUGCAGACUAUUUUUUCCGCAAUAGCCAAAGUCCAUAAAUUCUUAUACCGCAGAUUUUUCAGGGCUUUCCAUUGCUGAGCUAUUGAAAUCCUAGCUGUAGCUAACAUCCAUGUCAAAAGCGCUUUAGAGCAACAAGCUUUCAUCUUAUUGGUCCAUAUAUUCAGUAAUGACAGUUGUGAAGAGGCCUGAACAGGUGAUUUAAUUAUUUUAGCUUUCUUCAAGCAGGGAGUGCAAGCACCCUGCCCCUUCUCUGGUUGACGGAUGGGGUCAGGCUGCUCUCCAUAUGCCACAAUUCCCUUCCCGGGAGGAGGCAGUGGACGUCAUGGAGAAAGGGGAAAGUGGCUCUGGUCCCAGCCAGAGCGACUUUCCCCUUCCUCUCUCCUUCUGGCCCCCAGUCGCUUCCCUCCCUUGCAGUCCUGUGCCACAUCCUUUCCCACAGCUCCGUCUUGGCAGGGAUGAAUGUGCCACUGAGGCAUCUUCCCUGUGGCUUUUUCCAGAGUGCGGCUUCUAGACGAGGAGAACAAGCAGCUCCAGGAAUGGACCCUGCAGCUGACGGGUCAGGUUGGGCUCCUGGAGCGGGCGCUGAGGAGCAUUCAUAGCCACAGCUUAGAGGUAAGGAUGGGCUGCUGUGGCAGCUUUUGGUCUUCUCCUCUGCAGAAUCAGGGCUUGGGGUACUCACUGUUCCUCUCCUGCUGCGAGGGGUGAAGAUCCACCCCAGACCCUUGCGGCUCAGUCAGUGUCUUUAUGGGCCAUCUUAUUUAUAGGCUUGGGCCCUUUCAGCUGGGCCACCAGGUCUCCGUUUCUUCUCUCUGGUUGCCGCUUGGCUCUAUCUAGUAGCUACGUAUACUCAGAUCACAGCCAUGAUUUCCCUCGUGGUAUUUCAUUUGCCACCAAGAAUUUCAGUAUAGUUAGCUGGACACACACACACACACACACAAAAAUAUCAUGUAUCAUAGCUUUCCCCCUGCUUACUCUGAUCACCAACUCCUCUUGCCACUUUGGCAGCUUCUGACCAACAUCCCCCCCCCAAAAAAAUCUUUACAGUUUCCCCAUCUCCUUGCCCCUCCACUCCACCCCCUUUUAAAUGAGAGGAGGCUGCUGCACAGAGCAGUUUGCUGAACUGCUGGGUGAAGGGCCUCUCCCUGCUUGCUUGGGCCAGCUGGCCGUUCCUCACACUGCAAUUAGACAGGACUAACUUAGGUCCAUUGAUUUCACUGGGUCUACUCUGAGUAAAAUUGAGUUGGCUGCAGCCCAAAGCAUUUAUGGAUAACAGCCCGAUUUCUUCCUCCCUCUCUCUUCUUCUUUUUUUGUUAAAGGUCUUACUUUGUGCAUGUUCCCCUUUUCCAGGAGCUGAAGAGUAUCGGCUUCUCUGAAUUCCAACCGCAAAGCAAAGUUCUCCCCCUUCGCAGCGUAAGGUACUGUGCCCCUGAGCUGUGGGGGGCUGGGGAGGGUGGAGGGAUGGUGGAGGGAAUAGUAAUAAUAGAAAAUGCCCUUUGCAUGUGCUCAGGUGCAUUUGUUUCCUCUGUAACUGCCUCCCAUGUUUUUUGGCUCUAUGCUUAAUAUGCAUAAAGCUCUGCCAACCUCUUUAGCAGGCCUCCUUGCCUUUCUCCAGGGACUCGGAGAUGUGUUUAGGUUCAGUCAGAUGAUGCCAUGAGCCUGAGUGGCCCAUGUGAGGCUAAUGGUUUCUUUUCCAGCUUCUCAGUGAUGGAGCUUUCGGACUCUCACGGCCUUCUGAAAGCUGUCCAGGAUGGCAAACCCGAGGACCACACAGAAAGGUCUCUGCUUGCCUCUUUGCCCUGCCCACCUUCGGAAAUUGGCUACUUGAACGUGGCUUCUCCCGGGGAAACCUCAGAUUUACGCACAGAGGAGCAGACUCAAGCCUUGUGCUGUGAUCACGUCUAAGGGGACAAGGGGGAAAUUCCGAAGUGGAAUAACAGUACAGAAACCUCUUGUCACUGCUAGGUAGUAUUGCUUCCAUUUGUCAGGCUGCUUUAUCAGACUUUUAGCUUUAAAGAAAACUUUCUAAAGACCUUACUGUCUUUGUUAAAAAUGUGACUUGUACAGAUGUAGUUAUGAGUCUUUAAAAUAUAUAUUUUUUAUUAAAAUUUGUAAAUUAUAACAAGAGAGGGAUAGUUUUACAUACAAAAAAAAAAAGAAAACAACAAAACUGUUCGUUCCUUCAUUUUUUCAUUUGGCAAGUCUGCAUGGGGAUUCCAUACCUUAAGGAAAUGCCCUCUUGUAAGGAAAAUACUGUAAUUGUUUUGUCUUCUCCUGCUGGAUAUUCCACAUACUAUUUUAGUUACAAGUCUUUUAUCUUGUGCCAGAUUUUUAAAUAAAUAUUCCAGAAAUGUAUCUGUGACAAACUUUUUGAACAAAGG